AUGCAGAAAUUCAAGGAGAAGUUUGAACAUGGCAUGGAUCAUUUGGAGGGGUCUUUCAAAGACACCCAUAUCCACGAUGUGAAAGCCGAGGCCACACAUUUCAAGAACAAGGUCGGCAAAUUCUUCAACAUCAUUAAUCCCAACCAUCGCCAUGACGAAGAGCAUGAGCAGGCGACCGACAAGAAGCGCUCGGAACGCGCCGAGUCCCAUCGCUUCCACUCCUUUGCCCCCAUUCACGAUGGCAAUCGCGUGAAGUGGUACGUAGACGCAAAGGAUUACAUGUGGGCGGUCUCGGAAGCCCUGGAGAAGGCGACUGAGACAAUCUACAUCGCCGACUGGUGGCUGUCCCCAGAGCUCUUUUUGCGCCGCCCCCCGGUGGAGCACCAGGAAUGGCGAUUGGAUCAUGUCUUGAAGCGCCGCGCCGAGGCAGGUGUGAAGAUCUACGUAAUUGUGUACAAAGAGGUGAACCAAGCCCUGACUUGUAACUCGGCACACACCAAACAUGCACUGCGCAGUCUGUGCCCCGAGGGAACACCCGGGUAUGGCAACAUUCGAGUGAUGCGCCAUCCCGAUCACAAUGUCUUUGAAAACGCCGCCGACAUGACGCUUUACUGGGCGCAUCACGAGAAGUUCAUCGUGAUCGACUACAACGUCGCGUUCAUCGGUGGUAUCGAUCUCUGUUUUGGACGGUGGGAUGCAAACCAGCACCCACUGGCCGAUGUGCACCCAGCCGGACUAAGGGAUGACAUUUUCCCCGGCCAGGAUUUCAACAACAACCGAAUCAUGGACUUCCAGAGCGUCCAAGAUUGGCAGAGCAACGAAGUCAGCAAAGCCGACUAUGGACGUAUGCCGUGGCAUGAUGUUGCGAUGGGAUUACAGGGUGAUUGUGUGUUCGAUAUCGCAGAGCACUUCGUCUUGCGCUGGAACUUCAUCAAGCGCGACAAGUACAAGCGCAGCCACGACGUGGACUGGCUUUUGAUGGAAGGUCGCUUGGAGGACGAAGAUAUCAUCGCCGUCCAGCGUCCGAAGUACCCCUGCGGUGAUUACAUCCAACACCCGCUGACCCCUCUGGCCACCAAGAGCCGCGGUAACGUCGGCACCGUGCGUGCGCAGAUCGUACGCAGUAGUGAUGACUGGAGCAGUGGAAUCCUGAACGAGCACAGCAUCCAGAAUGCGUACUGCGAGACAAUCCGUAACGCGCAGCACUUCGUGUACAUCGAAAACCAGUUUUUCAUCACCGCCACUGGCGACCAACAGGCUCCCGUGUUCAACCAGAUUGGCCGUGCGAUCGUCGAUGCAUGUGUGCGUGCAGGCAAGGAAGGCCGCAAGUUCCGUGUGAUCAUUGUCAUCCCCGCCAUUCCCGGAUUCGCCGGUGAUCUUCGCGACGAUGCGGCGACGGGUACUCGGGCGAUCAUGGACUAUCAGUACAAGUCGAUCUGCCGAGGCGAGCACUCGAUUUACGGACAGAUUGAGAAGGAGGGUGUCGAUCCCAGAGAGCACAUGUUCGUGUUUGCGCUGCGAGCGUAUGACCGCAUCAACAAGACUCCUGCGCUCGAAGAGCUCGAGAAGCAGGCCGAUGUCACAUACCAGGAUAUCCAACGUGGUAUUGCCGAGUCCAUCAUGAGUGAAAGUGUGCACCCGGGUAUUGGUAAAGACGGUGACAAGAACGAGAAGGAUUAUGAGAACGAGCCCAGCCAGAAAGAGGAGAAGCUGGCGAAGCUUGAGCGGUUCGAAGAGAAAUACGAGCAGCGCAAGAAAGAAGACGGCUUCCACAGUCGGGAUACGGUAUCCCACUGCACGAUGCUGAAUGGGGGCAAGAUGUCGGAGGAGACAUGGGAGGGCGAAGCGGAGGCCGAGAAGGAGAACAUCGUCCAGGAGGAGCUGUACGUUCACGGCAAAGUGUGCAUUGUGGACGAUCGGACGGUGAUCUGCGGCAGUGCCAACAUUAACGAUCGAUCACAACUGGGAUCACACGACAGCGAGCUGGCGAUCGUAAUGGAAGAUCAAGACAUGAUCCCCAGCACGAUGAAUGGAGCGCCGUACCAGGCGUCCCGAUUGGCGGCCACGCUGCGCCGACAGCUGUGGCGGGAACAUCUGGGCCUUCUACCGGCACAGGAAUACGAUACCCCCGAGCACCCGAACUCCCGAUCUGUAGAUGAGUGUUUGAACCAGAUCGACACGGGAGCGGAAGAUGAAUUUGUCGCGGACCCCCUGAGCGACGGGGUCUGGAACACCUGGACGUCCCAGGCGACCGGGAACACCGACACGUAUCGGAUGCUGUUCCGCGCCGAUCCAGAUGACAACAUCAAAACGUUCGAGGAUUAUGAUAAUUUCCGACCGAGGGGGUCCCGGAAGGAAGGUCAUUUGUUCGAUCCGUAUAUGCCUGCUAAGGAUGUGCGGGAGAAGCUGGAUCUCAUUAAGGGGCAUCUCGUUUGGUUGCCUUUGGAUUUCCUGAAGGAUGCCGAGAUGGCAGAGCCUGGCUUGGCUGUGAAUCAGAUUACCGAGAGCAUUUACACUUGA